UUGGGGGUGACAGCUCCAUAUCCGAUUGCUCCAUUCACAAAAAGUACCUCGAAUUUUGCUUUAAACAUGGAAAGCAGUGAGGCAUCCAGACACCCCCUCCUUUUUUCUUUUUUUCAAUAAAUGAGAAUUCGAGGUAUUUGUAAACGGGACACUCAACCUCUGUCUGUCUAUGAUGGGAGGUGAAAUGAUGAAAAAGGAACUUACGGAAGAAGAAAAAGGAGCCAUGGAGGAGGUCGCUUUUGAUACUGUAAGGGAAGAGAGACAUGUAGCACCAGCCCACUACUCCAUGACAAUUGAUUCCUUCUCGUUGCUUUCCGAUAUGGUUGCUAAUUCUUACUUGGAACAAUAUGAAUCUCGUGAAUUUGAAGCCAGCGGCUACAAGUGGAAAUUGGUUCUGUACCCUAAUGGAGACAAGAGCAGGAAUGGAGAUGGCUACAUAUCUCUGUAUUUGGUAAUGGCAGACACCACUGGUUUCCCUGCUGGUUGGGAAAUCAAUGCCAUCUUCAAGUUGUUUGUGUAUGAUCAACUUCAGGACAAAUACUUGACAUUUGGAGAUGGGAGAUUGAGGCGAUUCUGUGCCAUAAAGAAUAAAUGGGGGUUUCCCCAGAUGCUUCCAUUAAGUAUUUUUAACAAUGCAUCAAAUGGUUACUUGAUUGGUGAUUCCUGUGUGUUUGGAGCGGAGGUUUUUGUUAUCAAAAGUGAGGGUAAAGGGGAACGUUUUUCCAUGAUUAAGGAUCCUUCAGAUGGUACUUUUACUUGGGAGGUUCAAUACUUCUCUGGAUUGACAGGAGAAUUUUAUUACUCUAAAGUUUAUUUGGCUGGAGGACAUGAAUGGAAGUUAAAGCUCUUUCCGAAGGGACAUAUAAAGCAAAGGGGCAAAUACUUGUCUUUAUUUUUGGAACUGGAUGAUUGCACCAAAUCUCAUACUGGAUGGAAACUGUUUGUGGAAUUCACACUGCGCAUUAAGGAUCAAGUCCAGAGCCAUCACCAUGAGAAAACCAUUCAUAAGUGGUUCAGUGCAUCUGAGAAUAAUUGGGGUCUGGUGAGCUUCAUAUCAUUGUCUGAUAUCAAGAAUCCAUCAAACAACUUUAUUGUCAAUGAUACUUUGAUUGUUGAAGGGGUACUUAAUCGUUUAUCAGUUCUCAAGGAAUUUGCUUAAGGAGAUAAUGGGGCUUAUAAUGCAGAUAUUGUAUCAUUCAAGAAGAUUAGGCAUGGACUACACUACUCUUAUUCGGUGAUUUUCAGUAAAGAAUUGUAUCUUUGGGCAUAUUUUCUUCUACUAUCUUUAUGGUAUUUGUUUUUAAUAAAAAAAUUUAAUGUAACCUGAA